ACACGAGUAUAUUUUUGUAUAAUUUAUUACUAUUGUUGGAUACAGCUCUGGAAUGAUCGACGAUAUUCUCGAUCAUUCGAUAAACGCGCCUGGGCCACUGCGACAAACUCGAAUAUUCUAGACGCGACACCCCCUCCCCCCGCUGCUGAUCUAUCCACGACGGUCCCUAUAUAUAUGGGCCGCCGCGACCGUUUGGCUCGCUAGUCACCGUAUUCUUUUGCGUUGGUAAUUUCCACGUAAUUAUUGGUGUUUUGUCGGCUGUUGCAGUGGCGCAGUACGCGACAUAUUCAUUUUAAAGCGUGGUUACCCCGAACAACGAUUUGCUAGGGACCUCGCUUACAUUUUUUGGACCUUCGUUCCGGAUAUUUUGUUAUCAAUAUGGCACCUUCAAAAUCUUCGAAACAAGAAUUAACGCGAGCACGCGUCGCAAGGGACGCGGCGUUAAAUUCAAUACGGAAAAUACAUGCACUGGCUAUGGAAGCGGACACGGAUGAGCAUAAACGACCAAUAUUUUUCGCACGUCACGGGACAUUAGAACGUGCGGUUAAGUCGUUUGAAGCGGAGCAAGGAAAUGUUCUUUCUUCACUGGUUGAAUUAAACAGGUCCGACGAAUUUACAAGUUCAGAUUUAGAAAUUACUGAGGACAUGGAAAAAAUGUGUGGAGAAAUUCAAGUGGUGUUUUCGAAAUUACGUGGAUAUCCUUCAAUUACACAUCAAGGUACAAUUGUAGAACGCGAUAAUACGUAUAAUUCUCGUGCAUCGCUGUCGUUGCCGAAGAUUGAGCUUCCAAAAUUCGACGGUAGUCUUAUCAAUUGGUGCGCGUUUCGCGAUAUGUUCACGUCACUAGUGCAUGAAAAUCGGUCAAUAACGGAUAUAGAGCGCUUUCAUUAUUUGGUGUCUUGCUUAUCAGGAUCGGCCUUGAACAUUGUCAAAUCAGUUCCACUAACCUCAGAUAAUUAUGUAAUCGCCUGGUGUGCGCUUCGGGAUCGUUAUGAUAACAAGCGGCUUCUUGCUACAGCACAUUGUGAUAAAUUAUUUUCAUUUGAACGUUUACAACGGGAAUCGGUAUCCUCGUUAUCAUCUUUUGUUAAUACUUUUCGUGAGAAUGUGGCUGCGCUAAAGGCACUUGGUGUUGUUGAUUUGUCUGGAUUCUUGCUAUUCUACAUCGGAGCCCGCGUCAUUGAUCCUGAUACUCGUCGAUUAUUUGAAGCAAGUGUACCUCAAGAAAGCAUACCGAAGCUGGAUGAACUGUUGGAUUUUGCUGCGAAUCGGUGUAAGAUUUUAGAAAACGUCGGCGCUAACACGGGUACACUGUCAGUGGGCAACAGCAGUUCUAGAAAGGGCAAGGGCGGCCAGACGUCCGUGAAGACUUCAUUAUCGACUACUGCCACUGCCAAGAAGAAAUGUGCGUUUUGCGAUCGUGAUCACCCGUUAUUUCGAUGUUUAAUGUUCAAGAGGAAAUCGGUCGCUGAACGGCGGGAGUUUGUCAUUAAGAAAGAAUUAUGUUUUGUUUGUCUACGUCCGGAUCAUGAAGCAAACUCCUGUAAGUCGGCGUACUUGUGCAAAACUUGUGAAGGACGACACAGUGUAUUGCUCCAUUUAGAUUCAAAACAUAAGGGUUCAGGGAAAACAUCAACACCUAAUGCAAUGGCAAUUUCAAAACCGAUUGAAAGCACCACGGAUCAGAACUGUACAGCUACUAACUUUUCAGGCGCUGUGAAAUCGGAUGUUAGUGUUGUACAGGCUACGGCGAUAGUGAGAAUACGAGACCAAUCUGGUGAGCUGGUGCCAGUGCGAGCUUUAUUAGAUACUGGAUCACAAAUUUCGGCCAUUACCAAUCAGUGUGCGAUCCAACUUGGUUUACCACGUCACAAGGGACGAGUGGAGGUUAGUGGUCUGGCACAGCAGCCCGUACGAACUGUUAAGGGUUCAACCAAUUGUAGCUUUAUUCCUUUGUUGUAUGAUGCACCGCAAAUAUCGGCCACCAACAUUGUAAUAUUACCAAAAAUCACCGCUCUUAUGCCGAAUCAAAAAUUACCCAUUUCAAUUCGUGAGCGAUAUGGGCAUCUUCCACUCGCUGACCCCGAUUUUGAUGUACCAGGUUCAGUAGACAUGCUGAUUGGAGGGGAUUUAUAUCCAUUCAUCUUGCAAUCGCGAUCGGAUAUUGUCCAUAGUCCCGGUCUGCCGUCAGCCUUGAACACACAGUUUGGUUGGGUAAUAGUCGGAGCCAUAGAAGGGUCAAGAGAAUACUCUACGGCUUCAUCGUUGGUGGUUCAUGCGGCAUCAGAUAAUCAAAAUAUAGGUGAGCUUUUACAGCGAUUUUGGGAAGUUGAAGAACUUGAUAUAAACCAUAGCCCAAGCACAGAAGAUGAAGCAUGUGAAAGACAUUUUCAAGAAACAGUAUCGCGGGAUUGUAAUGGAAGAUUCCAUGUUGCUUUGCCUUUCAAAUCCAUAAUUUCUAGUUCAAUGGAUAAGGGAAAUACAAAGCAUGACGCUCAUUCAUUAGGCCUAGGAUCGUCCCGGGCAUUAGCUCUGAAUCGCUUAUAUAAUCUUGAACGUCGCCUAAGUAAGGACGAAGAGCUAUAUAACGCCUAUCGUGAUUUUAUGGAUGAAUAUAUUGCACUAGGCCAUAUGAAGUUGGCUGAACGCACCGGAGAAUAUUUCAUACCACAUCACGCAGUUGUAAAACGGAAGGAGAAUGAUAUAAAAAUUCGAGUUGUUUUUGAUGCCUCCGCCCCUUCUUCGUCGGGACGUUCUCUGAAUGACUGCUUAGCAACUGGGUCUAAAUUGCAAACCGAUAUCGGUGACAUCUUGUUGCGUUGUCGAUUCUAUAAGUACAUAUUCAUAGCGGACAUAGUUAAGAUGUAUGGACAAAUAUUCGUUCGAAAAGAAGACCGUGUUUACCAACACAUUCUUUGGAGACGUUCACCACACGAGCAAGUACAGGAAUACGAGUUGUGCACUGUUACCUAUGGUAUAAAUUCAGCACCGUUUUUAGCAAUUCGCUGUCUUCUUCAAUUGGAACAAGAUAAUGGUCCAGAAUUUCCAUUGGCAAGGCAAUUUCUGCGGUCAUAUACCUAUGUGGAUGACAUUAUUGCAGGGGCCGAUACAAGGGAAGGCAUAUUGAAGGUUCAAUGUCAAGUCGUUGGGUUGUUACAGAAAGGCUGUUUUCAGCUCAGUAAAUGGGCCAGUAAUUGCCCCGAAGUAUUGGAAGGCAUUGCGAAGGAGGACUGCGCCAGUAACCCAUACUAUGAACCUCAUUCUGGACUGGCUAUAAAAAUAUUGGGACUUUACUGGGACCCGUAUGGAGAUACAUUCGGAUACAGGUCAAAUAUUACAGAGAUGCAACCUACAAAGCGAUCAGUACUAUCAGUCCUCGCUCGAUUAUAUGAUCCCAUUGGAACAUUAGGCCCAAUGGUUUUCUGGGCUAAGUGCCUAAUGCAAGAGCUAUGGCGUCAAGGACUGAACUGGGACACUCCAAUUUCCAAUGAGAUCUCUUCCAAGUGGAAUAUGUUCAUAGAAGAACUUACAUCGUUGGCGCACUUGAAGUUACUUCGUCAUAUUAGCAUUGGAAAAUGCAUAAAGGCUCAGUUAGUGGGGUUUGCAGAUGCGUCACAAAGGGGUUAUGCUGCGACGGUCUUUCUACGAGUAACGGACAAUCAAGGUCUUAUUAAAGUGCAUUUCAUUGCUUGCAAGUCAAAGGUUGCUCCGUUAAAGACAUCCAAGAUCGAUAAGUCUUUGACCAUACCCCGGUUAGAACUAUGUGCCGCACUUUUGUUAGCACGUCUCCUUUCACAUAAGAUGUCACUGUUAAAGGAAUUAGUAUCUGUACAAAGCAUCAAAGCAUUCUCUGAUUCAACGAUUGUUUUGUCAUGGUUAAAGGCCGAGCCCAAGGAUUUUAAAAUAUUUGUUACAAAUAGAGUAAACAAAAUAAAGGAGCUACUGCCACAAUGUGAGUGGAAUCACGUAAAAACUACGGAAAAUGCAGCGGACCCGGCAUCAAGAGGGUUACUCCCUAGCCAAUUAGUUGCUUCGCCGUUGCAUUUGAACGGUCCGGAAUUCUUACGGCAGCCUGAAGAACAAUGGCCGAGUCAAACUUUAACAAGACUUCCUUCCGAGCAACUUCCAGAUUACAAACAACCAGUCAAGUGUGUGUUGCAUAUUCUUAAAUGUAAAGAAUCAGAAGAGAUCUUCCGUCGUUUUUCGUCAUUAACGAGAAUGCAACGAACACUCGCGUAUGUAUGGCGCCUCAUUGACCGUUGCAAACGGAGGCCUGUAAGGAGGGGCCCACUUACUCAAAUUGAACUCAAUCGAACACUUCUUAACAUUAUUAAGCUUACGCAAAAUUUUUAUUGGGAAGACUUACGGAAGCAGUUAGAAAAUACAUCGGCAUCGAUAACCCCCAAUUCACUUGCUCAGUUGUCACCAUAUUUAGACAAGGAAGGAUUAAUACGUGUCGGCGGUCGACUUCGUUUUUCGCUUCUGACCGAGGAAGCUAAGCAUCCGGUGUUGCUCCCUAAGGCUGCUCAUGUUACGCAGUUAAUCAUAAUCCAUUAUCAUAUGAGCCUUCUACAUGCCGGUCCAAAAUUAGUUAUGGCUAUGAUUCAAAGGAAAUAUUGGAUUGUGUCAGGACGUGCCGCCAUUCGGAAAAUUAUACAUACAUGUGUUAGAUGUGUGCGCCAUAGAUCUGCUUGCCCACAACCAGUCAUGGCAGACCUGCCUCCAGUACGAGUACAGCCUCAUAGACCAUUCGCAUUCGUUGGCAUGGAUUACGGUGGACCGUUUAUUGUGAAAGAAAGCCGUCGACGAGGUGCUAAGACUAACAAGGCUUAUCUUGCUCUAUUUGUGUGUCUGUCAGUAAAGGCAGUCCAUCUGCAAGUGGUGAAGCUGCCUGUGUCCUGAUCAGAAGGUUCUUCUAUCAACCAGUUUUUUUGUAUUUUUUUUAUCAUAUUAUCUAUUUAAUGUAAAGUGGUACAAGAUGUACAAUUCCUUAUUCAUUAUUUGUUUAUUUUGUAAUUUUGAAAGCAUCCUUUCAAAGGCGGGAGAAUGUUGGAUACAGCUCUGGAAUGAUCGACGAUAUUCUCGAUCAUUCGAUAAACGCGCCUGGGCCACUGCGACAAACUCGAAUAUUCUAGACGCGACACCCCCUCCCCCCGCUGCUGAUCUAUCCACGACGGUCCCUAUAUAUAUGGGCCGCCGCGACCGUUUGGCUCGCUAGUCACCGUAUUCUUUUGCGUUGGUAAUUUCCACGUAAUUAUUGGUGUUUUGUCGGCUGUUGCAGUGGCGCAGUACGCGGUAAGAACUUUGUUGUUUAUUGUUUUUUUAUAUAUAUAUAUAUAUAUCGGUACAAUUUUUUAUAACUUUGUAUAAUAUAUUU